AUGUCCCAAUACAACGGAAAUCCCCAAUAUCCACCUGCACAACGUCCUGCCUCACCACAACAGCCUUAUUAUGCUGGUCCCCCACAACGUGCCCUUUCGAACAAUAGUCAACGCUCGGCUAAAUCAGGUCGUCUAGCACCUCCACCUGCCGAUGGUGGAUAUUCUCCUCAACAAUCCAUUGGAUACUCUGGUCCUCCUGGUCCAGGUGGCGCUGGAGGAUACAACCGCAAUAUCGGCCAUGUUGGGUUCGAUAUUGAUGAGAGAGACAAUGCUGGUUUGUUAAACAAUCAAGGCAGAGCCGGUGGAACUCCACCUAGAACUCACUCCAAACUCGAUAGAAAAGCGACCAUGAACCGUAGAUCCAUUUGUCACGUCCCAUUGACGGAUGGCAACCUAGUCAUGGAUUGCCCAGUUCCUCGGCAGUUACUAGAGAAUGCACACUUCAAGGGUGAGCGUGAGUUCGAGUUUAUGCGCUACACUGCUGCCACCUGUGACCCUAACGACUUCUUCAAUGAGCGUUACACUCUCCGUCCCACUCUCUAUCGUCGCCAGACCGAGCUCUUCAUUGUCAUGACCAUGUAUAACGAAGAUGACGAGCUGUUCAUCAAGACCAUGGGCUCAGUCAUGAAGAACAUUGCUCAUCUUUGCACACGUGCAAAGUCCAAGACCUGGGGCAAAGAUGGUUGGAAGAAAGUAGUCGUCUGUGUUGUGGCAGACGGUCGCAAGAAAUGUCAUCCACGUGUGCUCAAGGUCCUGGCUGCCAUGGGUGCUUAUCAAGAGGGUAUUGCCAAAGAUACAGUUGCAGGGAAACCUGUCACAGCUCACAUCUACGAGUAUACAACUCAGGUCAUGGUGGACUCGGACCUCAAGGUCCGCAGCUCAGACCGUGGUAUUGUCCCUGUCCAGAUCCUAUUCUGUCUCAAGGAGCAGAAUAAGAAAAAGUUGAACUCCCAUCGUUGGUUCUUCAACGCAUUUGCACCUCAACUUAACCCCAAUGUGUGUAUUCUCCUUGAUGUCGGAACGAAGCCCUCAGGAACUAGUAUCUACCAUCUGUGGAAGGCCUUCGACCGUGACUCUUCUAUCGGAGGUGCAUGUGGUGAAAUUUGUGCCGAUUUAGGACCCAAUUGUAGCAACUUGUUGAACCCUCUGGUGGCAUCGCAGAACUUUGAGUACAAGAUGUCAAAUAUCUUGGACAAGCCUCUCGAGUCUGUCUUUGGAUACAUUUCAGUCUUGCCAGGAGCAUUCUCUGCAUACCGUUACAAAGCCUUGAAGGACUCUUCGCCUGGUGUAGGACCUUUGUCGUCGUACUUCAAGGGAGAGACCAUGCAUACCUCUGGAGAUGCUGGUAUUUUCGAGUCCAACAUGUACCUCGCAGAGGACCGUAUCUUGUGUUUCGAGCUGGUGGCCAAGAAGAACGAGGCUUGGUUGCUCAAGUAUGUAAAGUCUGCGAAGGCAGCAACGGAUGUGCCUGAUAAUAUCGGAGAGUUCAUUUCACAACGUCGUCGUUGGUUGAACGGCUCAUUCUUUGCAGCCUUCUAUUCGCUCGCACAUUUCACCCGUAUUAUCACUUCAGGACAAGGCUUCUUCCGCAAGAUAUUUUUGUUGAUUGAAUUUUUGUAUAACGCCGUCAACUUGAUCUUCAAUUGGUUCUCGCUGGCAAACUUUUAUCUGACAUUUUAUUUCCUGAUCAAGGCAGCUGCCAACAACUCGAACAAAGACUUUUCACCCUUUGGAAAUUGGGGAAAUAUCACUUUUGAGGUGAUGCGUGAGAUGUAUAUUGCCUCGAUCAUCAUUGUCUUCAUCUGCUCUCUCGGAAACCGACCACAAGGAUCAAGAAUCAUCUUUUUGACUGUGAUAGGAUUGUUUGCAAUCAUUAUGGGUUUCAUGCUCUAUCUCGCAGCUGCUACAGUCUACACGGUUGUUUCACCCGUUGCGGGUAACUAUCGUCAGAUGCUUGACUUGAUGAACGAGCGAGGCCCCUUCCGUGAUACAGUGAUUUCGUUGCUGUCAACCUACGGUCUUUACAUUGUUUCGUCGUUGAUGCAUCUUGAGCCCUGGCAUAUGUUCACAUCGUUCAUGUCAUACUUGUUCCUGUUGCCCGCAUAUAUCAACAUCUUGAUGGUUUAUGCGUUCUGUAACACGCACGACGUCUCGUGGGGAACUAAGGGAGAUAACAAGGCGCCAGAGUUGGGAGGAGCUACCGUUGUCACCAAAGAUGGCAAGGAAGUCAUCAAGUUAGAGAAACCCACGUCAAGAGAGGAUGUUGAUGCAAUUUAUGAGCUUAACAUGCAAGAGUUGUCAGUCCGCCCAGAUUAUGUAAAGGAGAAGCGUGACAAGAAGACGAAACAAGAGGAUUACUACAAGAUGUUCAGAACUCGAUUGGUUUUGACCUGGAUGUUCACAAACGCGAUGUUGGUGAUCGGAAUGACAAGUGACUGGAUUGGUAAAAACGAUACCCUCGCUACUAGGCCACCAACUAACGAAGAGAUGUUCCAUCCUUAUCUGUCGAUGAUCUUCUGGAGUGUCGCUGCAUUGAGCUCUGUACGCUUCGUCGGAUCAACUAUGUACUUGAUCCUCAGAGCGUUGUUUGGUUAA